AUGGAAACAAACAGUUUUAUUUCAAAAACUACUAAUGCAACUGGAAGUAUAAAAGGUAGUUGUAUGUUUUUAAACAGAAAAAGAAAUCCCGAAAUAUAAAAAGAAAAUCCGAAUACAGUUCCUUUAGAAACUCCUGGACCUGGUGAAUAUAAUCCUAAGACUAAAAGAAGUAUAAAUGCUUAUCAUAGUUCAUUUAUUUCACGUUCUAAUAGAGAUAAAUAUUUAAAUAGUAAUAAUAAUCCUGCUCCUGGUGAUUAUAAUAUAAGGACUACUGUAUUAGAAAAGAAACCUUUUUAGCAUAAAGGAUUUAUGAGUAGUUUUUCAAAUAAUGUUUAAAAACAUUAAAAAGCAGAUAGAAUGUAAGACUUAGUAAAAUUUUUAGAUGAUGGUAAAAAAAAGCUUAUUAUAGGCUCUAAUUAACCUAUUCCUGAAUAGGAAUUGUUUACACCUGGCCCAUCUUCUUAUAAUCCUAAAUUACCAGAUUUUAGACCUUAGUAUUUGAAUAGUUAAAUUACUUCGAAUUUCAAAGAAGGAGUUAAAGAUAGAUUUGGAGAUUUUUAUGAUUAAUCGAAAAAUAAAAAGCCUUUUCCAGGACCUUAGGCUUAUAAAAAAGAAGAUAUUGGGUUCAAUUAGAUAUAAAGUGCGAUGGUUUCUGGGUAUGUUUUUAUGUCGGAAACUGCGAGGAAACCUUAUGGAGAUUUUCAUAAAAGAUUAGGACCUUCAAGAAGUAUUCCUUAUUAUUUACCUUAAUAGAAAUCUUUUCAUUUAAAUUUAGCAAGAAAUUGGGUUUGA